AUGACACUGGACCCUAGCCUGUUGAAUCCCAAAGAUAUUGCGCUCUUUCAGCUCGCUCCGGCGUGGUCGUUUGAUGAGGCUGGACCAGACUGGGCACCGUUUGAUACUUCACCGCCGAUGCCAGUCAAGGACACGCCGCAAGUGGCACCUCUUUUAGACCAGUCGAGCAAAUCAGGCACGGGUCCCUGUGCUGGCACUUUGCCAGGCGACGGGAGCGGAACCAAGUCAUCAAGUCCACACGGCCAGGAUCAACUACAAAAGCGAAACGAUACAUUAUCAAACCCUACAAGGUCAAGGCAGACCAGGCCCCGGAAGGCAACCGCCAGCUUGCCCAAGAGACAAAGAAGAGAACAGCGAACGGAAACAAAGAGCGGUAAUGUGAACCGGGAUCAUGAGGCAACUACUCACCGCGAAGGUUCGCUGGAGCGCAACCGCAUCGCCGCUUGUAAGUGUCGAAAGCGCAAGAAGAGGUGGGUGAAUGAUUUAGAAAAGAGAAACUCUUGGCUUGAGAAGCGCCAUAAAGAUCUGGGAAUAGAGUAUUUCCACCUCCUACAGGAAAUAUCUGAACUAAAGACCCUUAUUAUAAGCCAUGCUAGUUGCCAUGAUGCCAAUAUCGACACUUGGCUGAACAAUGAGGCUUCAAAGUAUGUGUGUAAACUGGCGAGGGACGACACCAAGCGAGUAUGUGGUCUGAAGCCUGCGCCGAGUCGAGAUGGUAAGUAG